GUAGUAAUUGGCGGAAUUGAGUUAUGUGCGUUUAUUGCUAGUCGCUACGUCAUAGUUUGUGCAUAAUGCAGUGUUUUCAAACGCUUCACUCUGCGUGAUUAUUUUCAUUCAUUUGAUUUUUCCGUAUUUCACUAGCGAUAAUCAAAGUAGAAACAUGUGCUUGCUUUAUUUUACCGUACGUUGUUGGCCUCUUACGCUUAUGAUAAUUGCAAGUUUGACGAUUAUUUGGCUGACUCUGGUUACCGGUCAAGCACUGGGAGGCUGCGAAUGUGAUAAUUAUGACUGCGGAUGUUGUGAGCAUAUUCAGGAGAAAUACGUUCAUCUGAACAAUACAGUAUGCACCAACAUUUCUUAUCUUCCAGCUGAUAUCGGGUUCAUGAUGACCAUCACCUUUGAUUCUUAUGCUGUCUUCAACACUACAGUUUCUGCACGAAAUCCUCCUCCCAUCUGUAUUGGACAAGAUUACAUUAAAGAACUGGAGGCAGACAUUUGCAUAAGAUUCUAUGACUUGGAUGUCAACAAACAUCAUUUCCAUGGCUGCGUAAAAUUCGAUAUUGAGGUUUUCAAGAUAAAAACCGCGAGCUAUGAUCUGGGAUGUUUUGACAUGGGGCCGAAAAAUGCCGAAAGCAGAUUAACGAAGCUGUGGCAUAAUUUGUGGCCUCAAAACAACGAAGUACAAGUUAUUUUAGUAUAACCACUUGAAUCUUUGGACGAGUAUAUUUAUCAUUAGGAUACAUAAAUGUAUUUAAGGUAUAUAUUCAAUUUUCUCACUGUAAUGCAAUAUUUUUUACGUAAAGAGUAAAAAUACAUAUUUUUAAUAAUUAUA